UUUUUUUUUCGAAUAUUUGGAGUACGUCCUUUCAAAGCGAAGGUAUUUUUUGCACUGGCACGAAAUUUAAGUAAGUUCAGAGCUUUUCAAAGGCGGAGUUGAGCUCCGAAAGCCCCACAAUAGUUUGUCUGCACUGAAGUGCCACUAAUUACGGGUUUUGGGCUAAGCUGGCCAGGUAAACAACAAUUAUGAGACAUGCCCGUGUAAAACGGGGAUUACUGGAGGUCAGACUUGACCAGCAUGUCGAAGACGUCGGAUAACAUCCUGAAGCACCUGAAGGUGCGUCGCCAAAAACAAAAGGCUAUUUUGGCCAUGCGAUGGCGAUGUGCCCAGGGAGGAUUGGAGUUCGAGCAACUGGACACCUUUUAUAGAGCCAUCAGGCCAUAUCUUUGUGUGGCCCAGUUUUUCGGCAUUAUGCCUUUGUCCAAUAUCCUGAGUCGCGAUCCCCAGGACGUAAAGUUCAAAGUGAGGAGUUUUGGCCUGGGAGUCACUGGUCUCUUCCUCUUACUCGGUGGAAUAAAGACCUUAAUCGGUGCAAAUGUUCUCUUCAAGGCUGGACUAAAUGCCAAAAAUAUGGUUGGCUUGGUUUUCCUUAUCGUGGGCAUGGUCAACUGGCUGAACUUCGUGGGAUUCGCUCGGUCCUGGUCGCAUAUAAUGUUACCCUGGAGCUCCUUGGAUAUACUGAUGCUAUUCCCUCCCUAUAAACGUUGCAAGCGGAGCCUUCGGUCAAAGGUCAACGUGAUUAUACUAAGCGUGGGAGUUUUGGCAGUGGGGGAUCAUAUGCUGUACUAUGCCUCUGGAUAUUGCAGUUACAGCAUGCACGUUUGGCAGUGCUAUUCGAACCAGUCACAGAUUACCUUCGACAUUUAUUUGGAGAAGGAGUUUUCGGACAUAAUGUUUCUCCUGCCUCUUAACGUUUUCUCUAUGUGCUAUGGAUUUUGGUUAAACGGAUCAUUUACCUUUUUAUGGAACUUUAUGGACAUCUUCAUAAUGAUUACUAGUAUAGGAUUGGCACAAAGAUUUCAGCAAUUUGCUGAGAGAGUGGGCGCUUUGGAGGGACGUCAUGUUCCGGAUGCCCUGUGGUACGAUAUCCGACGGGAUCACAUACGGCUGUGUGAGCUGACCAGUUUGGUGGAUGCCAGCAUGUCGAAUAUAGUCUUCGUAUCCUGUGCGAAUAAUGUAUAUGUGAUCUGUAACCAGGCACUAGCUAUUUUCACCAAACUACGACAUCCCAUUAACUAUGUGUACUUCUGGUACUCGCUGAUCUUCCUGCUGGCCAGGACAAGUCUUGUUUUCAUGACCGCCUCUAAAAUACACGAUGCCUCGCUUUUGCCCCUAAAAUCCUUGUACCUGGUGCCCAGUGGUGACUGGACCCAGGAAGUCCAGAGAUUCGCUGAUCAGCUGACCAGCGAAUUUGUUGGACUGUCGGGCUAUCGUCUGUACUAUUUGACAAGAAAGAGUCUCUUUGGGAUGCUGGCCACCCUGGUCACAUAUGAGCUUAUGCUGCUCCAAAUGGAUGCAAAGAGCCACAAGGGUCUACGCUGCGGUUAA